CGCGGGGGGCGGGCUGCGGGGCGGGGAUUGUUUACGUCUCGCUCGGGAGCCGAAAGUAGGUCACGGCCGCCCGGCGGAGCGCGGCGGCGGCGACGGAGCUGUGGCAGAUCCUGUCCAUCAUGGCCCGGCGCCCUCGCAGCAGCAGAGCUUGGCAUUUUGUCCUGAGUGCGGCCCACCGAGACGCGGAUGCCAGGGCUGUGGCUCUGGCAGGGACCACUAACUGGGGCUAUGACUCUGAUGGGCAGCACAGUGACUCCGACUCCGACCCCGAGUCCUCUGCCCUGCCGCCGCCCAUCCCUAGCGCUGUGCCUGUGACUGGGGAGUCCUUCUGUGACUGUGACGGCCAGAGUGAGGCCCCCUUCUGCAGCAGCCUGCACUCGGCGCGCCGCAGCAAGGACAAGGACUGCCGCUGCGGGGAGGAGGACGAGCAUUUUGACUGGGUGUGGGAUGACCUGAAUAAAUCCUCGGCCACCCUGCUGAGCUGCGACAACCGAAAGGUCAACUUUCACAUGGAGUACAGCUGCGGCACGGCAGCCAUCAGGGGCACCAAGGAGCUGGGGGAGGGCCAGCACUUCUGGGAGAUCAAGAUGACCUCGCCGGUCUACGGCACCGAUAUGAUGGUGGGCAUCGGGACGUCAGAUGUGGACCUGGACAAGUACCACCACACGUUCUGCAGUCUGCUUGGGAGAGAUGAGGACAGCUGGGGUCUCUCCUACACCGGGCUUCUCCAUCACAAGGGCGACAAGAUGAGCUUCUCGUCGAGGUUCGGCCAGGGCUCCAUCAUCGGCGUGCACCUGGACACCUGGCACGGGACGCUCACCUUCUUUAAGAACAGGAAGUGCAUAGGUGUGGCGGCCACCAAGCUGCAGAACAGGAAGUUCUACCCAAUGGUGUGCUCCACGGCGGCCAAGAGCAGCAUGAAGGUGAUCCGCUCGUGCGCCAGCGUCACCUCCCUGCAGUACCUGUGCUGUUACCGGCUGCGCCAGCUGCGGCCCGACUCCGGGGACACGCUGGAGGGGCUGCCCCUGCCACCUGGCCUCAAGCAGCUGCUGCACCACAAGCUGGGCUGGGUCCUGAGCAUGAGCUGCGGCCGCCGCAAGCCACCUGCACCCUCCCCCAAGGCCACGGCCGGUGGCCCCGAGACCCGGCACUGCCAGAGGAAGCGCUGCCGGCGGACCUGACUCGUUUCCUGUGAAAACUGCCUUCCUGGGGCCAAGGGGCCGCCUUCUCCGUCCCUCCCUUUGGACCGGGCUCUAGGGGCAUGACUCACGCAGAGGGCUGACUUCGCUGGGACAGGUCCCCAGGCCCCCAGAGCAUCUGCUCCCUGCACCGCAAGGAAGCGGCCGGCCCGGCUCUUCUGGACCGGCUGCGAGUCGGCGCCCAAGAGGAUAUGGUUAGAGGCGGCGCGGUUGUGCGGCCUUGUGGUUUCCUUCACUUGCUUUUUGCAUGUCAUCAGCUGCUGUUCCUCCCGUCCCAGACCGAAACGACCGUAAUAAACUUAGACUUUA